CCAGGUCUCUAGACAAACUCUAUAACUUUGCUGACUGCUCUGGCCUUCACCUGAUCUUUGCACUGAAUGCUUUGCGUCGAAAUCCCAACAACUCCUGGAACAGCUCCAAUGCCCUCAGCCUGCUGAAAUACAGUGCCAGCAAGAAGUACAACAUCUCCUGGGAGCUGGGCAACGAGCCCAAUAACUAUCGGACCUUGAUCGGCCGCUCAGUGAAUGGCAGCCAGCUGGGGAAGGACUACAUCCAGCUGAGAGGCCUGCUGCAGCUUAUCCGCACUUAUUCCAGAGCAAACCUCUAUGGGCCGAACAUUGGGAGGCCCAGAAAGAACGUCAUUGCUCUCCUGGAAGGGUUCAUGAAAGUGGCUGGCAGCACGGUGGAUGCUGUUACCUGGCAACAUUACUACAUUGACGGCCGAGUGGCCAAAGUGACGGACUUCCUGAAAACACGCCUGUUAGACACGCUGUCUGACCAGAUCAGGAAAAUCCAGAAAGUAGUAAAUACGUACACACCGGGAAAGAAGAUCUGGCUGGAAGGUGUUGGUGCGACCUCGGCCGGAGGCAUGAACAACCUCUCCGAUUCCUAUGCGGCCGGGUUCCUGUGGCUGAACACGCUGGGCUUGCUGGCCAGCCAGGGCAUCGAUGUGGUGGUGGGGCGGCCCUCCUCCCUCGCCCCCAGCCACAACCAUCUGGUAGACCAGAACUUCAACCCCUUGCCG